UCUUGCUGGAUUCUUCGACGCCGAAAUCCUGGAAAAUACGUGUCGGCAGAAGAGUGGGCCUGCGGCGUUAUCUCGAAAAUCUUGGUUUUCUCUGCCACGCAACUCUCGAGCGGAAUCUAUUGGGGAUCCAAUGGGGAGGACAUCCUGGCACAGAAAUAAGUAAAGGAAGGGAGAAAGGUUCGGUAGACGACGGCUAUGGCGGCGGCAGCGUCAUCAUCUCUGGCAUCGCAGUUCUUAGGGCUUCGCCGCGAGGCAGCCCCUUCCACCGCCCUCUUUGUCCAGAGUGCCCAGUCCAAGCUCCGACUCCCCUCCACCCGCUGCCCUAACGGACGAGUCGUGGCCAUGGCCGGCACCGGAAAGUUUUUCGUUGGGGGAAAUUGGAAAUGUCCUCAAGAAUGGCUGACAUCCAAGACAGACAACUUGAAUUACUUGAAGAAUGGGACAACAGAUUCUGUUAGCAGACUUGUCGCUGAUCUGAAUGUUGCCAAGUUGGAAAAUGAUGUAGAUGUUGUUGUAGCACCUCCAUAUAUCUAUCUUGACAAGGUCAGGCAAUCAUUGACUAAUCGCAUUGAAAUAUCUGCUCAGAAUUCUUGGGUAGGGAAAGGUGGAGCAUUCACUGGUGAAAUCAGUGCAGAGCAAUUGAUAGAUAUCGGAUGCAAGUGGGUUAUUCUCGGUCAUUCUGAGCGCAGGCAUAUUAUUGGGGAGGACAACCAGUUUAUUGGAAAGAAGGCAGCAUAUGCAUUGAGUCAAAAUCUUAAAGUGAUUGCUUGUAUAGGAGAAAAGCUAGAAGAGAGAGAGACUGGAAAGACAUUUGAUGUCUGUUUCCAGCAAAUGAAAGCUUUUGCAGAUAGCAUCUCCGAUUGGACUAACGUUGUUAUCGCUUAUGAGCCUGUAUGGGCUAUUGGCACUGGGAAGGUGGCCACACCUCAGCAAGCUCAAGAAGUACAUGCAGCUGUACGUGAUUGGCUCAAGAACAAUGUCUCAGCUGAGGUUGCUUCUUCCACUCGAAUCAUCUAUGGAGGUUCUGUGAAUGGAAGCAAUUGUUCAGAACUCGCAGAAGAAGAAGAUAUCGAUGGAUUUCUUGUUGGAGGUGCCUCACUCAAGGGUCCGGAGUUCGCCACCAUUGUCAACUCGGUGACUUCAAAAAAAGUCGCAGCUUGACCCAAUUUCUGUUCAACUUUGAAGAACCAAUCUCCAAGACUAGGAGGCAACUUGGUCAAGAUACAUAAUUUUUGAAUGAGAGUGAACUGGAUGCAUGUCUUAUUAAACAAUACCAGGCUUUGUUAAAUUUCUGCUAAUGUUAGCUUAUAUUUCAACAAACUUUUAUGAAUAAAUGGAAUUUUAGUUUCGAUUUCA